ACAAUUUCUUCUCUCAAUUCUCUACUUCCACUUUCUCUCUCUAAAAAACUUUCCGAGCGAUGUCGAGGCGGCCCGGCAAGGAAGUGGCGGCACAGGCGGCGGGUGGACAGCGGUUUUCCGGCGAGAAGGCAUCGUAUUUUCGUUCUGGGGCUGGGAAGAGUAUGGACAUUAUGAGAAGUACGAUGAACUCAAUGGAGAGCUCGGGGCCCAGACACGUUAGAUCCCGUGGUAUUUCGGCCUCGGCUCGUAGAGAACGGGUGCACUAUUCUGAGGAUGAUGAAGAUGAUGAUGGUGAUGAGGAGGAGGAGGAGGAGGAUGCAGAUGAGGAUGUGGACGAUCAGAGUGGACCAUAUGAUGAUUACGGUCCAUUCAGUCAGAGGCUUGAUGAUGUGUAUGAGACGCGUAGGGUAGACGUGCGUAAGGGUAGAGAUGGUAGAUUUGUUAGUAGAUCUGGCACAUCAUCUGCGUCCACUAUGUCUGCGGUAUCACUGGAUGUAUGA